AUGCAAGCCGCUUGCGCAACGUGCAGGCAGCGCGCUGGGCGGGGGGGGGGGCUGGUGCUGCAGAUCCCCUCCCCCCCACUGCUGCACUCGCAGCAGGGGAAUGGAGGAGAAGGGGGGGGGGGGGGGCUGGUGCUGCAGAUCCCCUCCCCCUACUGCUGUACCCGCAGCAGGGGGAUGGAGGAGAAGGGGGGGGCGGGGGGGGGGGGCUGGCUGCUGGGGGAGGUGCUGCUGGGGGAGGCGCUGCUGGGGGAGGGGGUGCUGGGGGAGGGGGUGCUUGGGAAGGGGGUGCUGGGGGAGGGGGUGCUGGGGGAGGGGGUGCUUGGGAAGGGUGAGCUGGGGGCACCUGGCGAUGAGGGGGGGCAGAGCAAGGAGCUGGGCGCACCUGGCGAUGUGGCGCGUGGUGGGGGCGAGGGGGGGGAGGGGGGGGAGGGGGGCGGGGGCGGAGCUGCGCGUGUGACUGUAGGGCACGCGGGCAGGAGGAACCCCCUCUUGCCACCCCCUCACCCACCAUGGCGCAACAGGGCACCGGGGCCGCGGUUAGGGGCGGCAGGUCGCGAGGGGCCAUGGCUAGGGGCGACGGGGCCAUGGCUAGGAACGGGGCCGGGUGCUGGGCUAGGGACGGGGCCGGGUGCUGGGCAGGUACGGGGCCGGGCGUUGGGCAGGUACGGGGCCGGGCGCUGGGCAGGUACGGGGCUGGGCGCUGGGCAGGUACGGGGCCGGGCACUGGGCAGGAACGGGGCCGGGCACUGGGCAGGAACGGGGCCGGGUGCUGGGCAGGUACGGGGCCGGGCGUUGGGCAGGUACGGGGCCGGGCGCUGGGCAGGUACGGGGCCGGGCGCUGGGCAGGUACGGGGCCGGGUGCUGGGCAGGUACGGGGCCGGGUGUUGGGCAGGUACGAGGCCGGGCGCUGGGCAGGUACGGGGCCGGGCGCUGGGCAGGUACGGGGCCGGGCACUGGGCAGGAACGGGGCCGGGCGCCGGGCAGGUACGGGGCCGGGCGCUGGGCAGGUACGAGGCCGGGCUCUGGGCAGGUACGGGGCCGGGCGUUGGGCAGGUACGGGGCCGGGCGCUGGGCAGGUACGGGGCCGGGCGCUGGGCAGGUAUGGGGCCGGGCGCUGGGCAGGUACGGGGCCGGGCGCUGGCAGGUACAGGGCCGGGCGCUGGGCAGGUUCGGGGCCGGGCUCUGGGCAGGUACGGGGCCGGGCGUUGGGCAGGUACGGGGCCGGGUGCUGGGCAGGUAUGGGGCCGGGCGCUGGGCAGGUACGGGGCCGGGCGCUGGGCAGGUACGGGGCCGGGCGCUGGCAGGUACGGGGCCGGGCGCUGGGCAGGUACGGGGCCGGGCGCUGGGCAGGUACGGGGCCGGGUGCUGGGCAGGUAUGGGGCCGGGCGUUGGGCAGGUACGAGGCCGGGCGCUGGGCAGGUACGGGGCCGGGCGCUGGGCAGGUACGGGGCCGGGCACUGGGCAGGAACGGGGCCGGGCGCCGGGCAGGUACGGGGCCGGGCGCUGGGCAGGUACGGGGCCGGGCACUGGGCAGGUACGGGGCCGCGCGCUGGGCAGGUACGGGGCCGGGGCGCGGGCUAA